AUGUCUUCAAGACAAUCUACAUGUAACGCCAGAUGGAUUGAAAGUUUUAUCAGUGAAAAAAUCGAUGACAACGAUAAUAGGGAAGCAUCAAUCAUACAGUUAGAGCAAACACUACACGAUGGCGUAGUUCUAGCUAAAUUGGCACGUAGAAUUCAACCUUCCUCCAUUACCAGUAUUAUAUCAGGCGAUGCCAAAUUCAAAUUUUUACGCUCCAACAAUAUCAAUGCAUUUUUGUCUGUUAUCAGCAAGUUGAAUAUGCCCAAAGUUAUUAUUGUAUUCAUGCUCUCCCAUUUAUUGCAUUCAAAUCAAAUCGCGCCACAGAUUAAAAACUUACACGGCGAAUUUAAUUUUUCAGAAGACAUUUUGAUAGCAACGCAAAGAAAUUUGGAGAAAUCAGGUGUACCUAUGCCCAACUUUAAUAAUCUUGUGUGCAUCUUACAAAACGAAUUGGAUGGUGGUAAAAAGAAAACCUUUCUUUUUCGACCCAUCGAAGAACCACUAAUAGACGAUGAAGAUUUGAUGCCAAAAAUGAGACAAAUUAGAAGACAUACACCUGAUUUAAUAGUGGCUGAUUUAUAUGAUUCGGACACAGAGUCAAAAACAUCCGCAAGUGAUGAUCAUGAUACCUCUUCGGGUAUUACAACAAUGCAAAGGUUACAAUUUUUAGAUGCUUCUGGUGAUUCUUCAAUCAGUAGCUCCGCCUCCGAAAUAGAGUAUUAUGACGAUUCAGACGAACUCGACUCCGAAGAUGAAGACUCGAUUGCAGCACGAGCAACGGCCCUCGAGCAACACUUUACUGCUCCAGAAAACAACAAAGUACUUGUUUCAGCACAAGGCUGCAUCCGAACAUUUAUGGCUCGAAAUAAAUUAGAAAAGAUUAAAGAGCAGUACCGUUAUCAGUCUUUCCAGUCAACUAUACAAAAAAUGCAAGCUCGUAUCCUUUUUGCUUGCCCUGAUGAUUGGGUAACUGCAUUACAGGCUAUGAUUCGUCGACACCUUGCAAUAAAAAAAAUGGACGGCAUGCAUCAAUUCCAGUUGGUGGAAAAUCAACGCAUAGAAAAUUUGAGAAUUGAAGGCAAAUCCAGUGCACAGUACCAUGAAAGUGCUUAUCAAAAAUUGAAAUCGGAUAAAAACCCUUCCAUUGGAGUUGUUAAGAGUGUCCUUCACAUGCUGAGCAACAACGAUGUAGAUUUUAACGAGGAUUUAAUCAUAGAAGAUCUCCGACAGAAGGUUAUUGAAUCAAUUAGAGAAAAUAAUCAUUUGGAUAGUCAAGUGAGCAUGAUUGAUAUUCAAAUCGCAUUGCUCUUGAAAAAUGUCGUAACAUUGGAUGAAGUAGUUAAACUCAAAGAAAGCAACAGCAACAGAGAAUUUUCUCAACUGAUGUCAUCGAACCCUUCCAAUAGUCCUUAUGAUUUGCGUGGUGUAGACAAAGGAAAUCGUGACAAAUUAGAUUGUACCAACAGCUCCCCUGUCGGUUAUGGUACCAACGCCCGCGAAGAAUGUCUAUUAAUCAACUUGUGCAGAGCAUCGCGUCAAAGACCUCAAGAAUUUAUGCGUGGAAACUAUACAUUUAUGAAACUGGUCGUUCAAGUGAAUCGUGGUGCCAAGGAAAGACAGUUUUUCACAUCCCUUUUUGAGGCGUUAAUCAAAAAAAAUCUGACAGAGGACUUUCUAAGUGCUAUCAUUAAAACAGUAGAUUCAAUGCCCUAUGGUAUGCGUGUUAUUGCAAGAGAGCUUCGACUUGUGAUGGAGGAAAAUUUCCCGGAUGAAGCCUCAGAAGAGAUCAUUAAAUUCUGGGAAAUUUUUCCCGCUAUCACUGCCCCUGAGCAAUAUGUUUCUCUUAAUCACGAAGUAUCUUCAGUCCAAAGAAAAAAUUUGGCAGAGGUGUCCAAAAUGCUGCAACAAAUCUCCAUCGGCAAAGACUUUGACACGCGCAAUGUUGAACUGAGUGCUUUAAACAAUUUACCCCAAUGGUUUAUGGAUCUUACUGAUGUGGAAGAACCUGAGCAGCAUUUUGGCUUGGAUCAACUAUCGGAUUAUACAAACACACAAAAGCCAACCAUAUACGUGCAUCCUACUGAACUUUAUCAUAUUCAUCAGCUUUUGGAAGAAAAUAUAGAUUCAUUGGAACGCCAAAAAACUGGUAUUCUUCAUAAUAUUUUAGGCGACUUGGGGGAGGCUCCUGUCGAUGUCAACAUGAGCGUUCCUUUACAUGUUCUUCGACUUGAACUGAGUGAUCGUAGAGAUGGUAUCCCAAAUGAAGCAGGUGGCGACAUCAAAAAUUAUAUUAGAUACCAAACGACUUGUUAUUCUGGUUAUUCAAAAUCGUGCUGUGAGCAACAAUUCCCCUCUGAAGGUACUGAAAAGGAAAUUGAAAUGGCUAUUCGUGAAAGAAACUUUAAAUUCGGUUAUCAAAAUGCUGCUAUGGAUGUGAAAAGUCUAAGCUUUGCAAAAUUAAAAUCAUUUGCAAGUAAGUUACACGCUUAUUUGUUGCAACACAGUGUUAUUCCACCUAGUCCCGGAUACCAAAGCAUCAUCAAUAUGAUUGCUGUUGAUAUCACAAAGAAAGGAGAACGAAGAAAGUUACGUAAUGCUGAAAUCAAGAAAUUGCAAAACAUAUUGCUGCAUUUAGAUGAAAAACGACAGUUUUUGAUUGGUCAAGCUAACAGCUAUAAGAAGUAUUUGGAUGGGUGUAUGAAUAACAUGGCUGAACGUAGAGGAAAGAAACAGAAAUUCGUCUUUCCAUUUACCAAACAGUAUUUCCAUAUGAAGUACUUGAAAAGUCAUGGACUUGUUCCCAAAUUUGGAUCCUUCAAGUAUUCUGCAAAAACUUUAUAUGAUCGUGGUAUCAUUCUAGAUCUAUCUGGUGUUUCUAAGAAGUUGUAUGCUCGCAUUACUUUAAUUUUAUCGAUGGAUCAAUUACGUGUUGAUGUACAAUAUGAAGAACUUUUGCAGACGCAGUACGAAUGUGUCCAGACAAUGAAAGUGCUGGAUGGCAUGGCUACUGUUAACGUUAAUCUUCUCAUUAUUUGAAUUUUAUCAUACGGCAUAAAAACUUUGUGUAUACCCUCUCAUAUUUUUUUUUUUUUUUUUUUGAUUAGAUAUUGUACCUGUAUAUAUAACAUUAGUAUUUAAUAAAAUAUACCAUAGCAUUAUAA